AUGACGACCUUUGCCAAAUCCACCUUCUCCGCGGCCUCAUAUGCCGCAUUUCGCCCAACGUAUCCGCCCGCUCUCUACAACACGGUACUAGCCUACCAUCGUGGACCGAAGCGGCUAUGCCUCGAUCUGGGAAGCGGCACGGGGAUGGUCGCGCGAGGUAUGGCCACGCGGUUCGAGCGAGUGAUUGGCACCGAUCCCUCUCCCGGCAUGAUCAAGCAGGCUCGCGAGCAGAGUCGAGAGAGCAAUGUUGAGUUCCGGGAGGGGUCGGCGGAGAACUCAUCAUUCUUGAGUGAUGGGGAGGUGGAUUGUGUUGUCGCUGGGCAGGCAGCGCAUUGGUUCAAAUACGCAGAACUCUGGCCGGAGCUGAAGCGUCUACUAAGGAAAGGCGGGACGGUGGCCUUCUGGGGCUACAAAGACCCCGUUCUCGUCGACUUCCCUCGCGCCACCAAGGUGUUGGACAAAACUACGUACGGGGAUGAUCCGGAGACCCUUGGGCCCUACUGGAGCAUGCCGGGACGACGGUACGUGCAGGAGAAAUUGCGCGUUAUCGAGCCGCCCGCUGCGGACUUCGAGGACGUGCAGAGGGUAGAGUACGAGCCUGCUUGUCAAGGGAGGAAGAGUGGAGAAGGCACGCUGUUUGUGGAGAAGAGUUUGACGAUUGCGGAGAUGAAGGAGUACUACCGCACAUUCUCGUCCUUUCAUGGAUGGAAGGAGGCGCAUCCGGGGCAGAUCGCGCGGUCGAAAGGGGGGGAGGGGGAUUUAAUUGAUCGCAUGGUGGACGAGAUGAAGGGGCAGGAUGCGUUUUUCGCCGAGGAGGGCAAUGUGGUGAACAUGGAAUGGGGGUCGGGACUGGUGAUGUUUCGCAAGCGGUGA